AUGGAACAUACAAACGCCGAAGCGUCCUCCAGCAAACACCCAGCCCCCUCCCACCCCCGCAACAAUCUCUCCCUCUCCCUCUCCCUUACGGUUCCUAGAGAUAACUCUCCCAGGGGGAGCAGGGGCAGGUCGGCAAGCCGGCGGCGAGAUGCUAGGAAUGAGCCUGCCUCUGCGCGGGGGUCUGCUGUAGAUCUGGUUUUGCCGCAAUCGGCUGUAUCAGCGGGGACCGCGAGGAGUGGGGGUGGGAGUCUGAGGGUAUCAGAGAGGGCGUUGAGCCCGAAGAGUGGGAGUGAGGCGGGUGGAUCGAAUGCCAGUAGGAGACUACGGACUGUUCCUCCUAUGGCGAUAUUUGAGCCUCCGACUCCGCCACCUUCUGAACAACCCCUCCCGCCAGCCGAAGGGCAGUCUCCAUCAGCUGCCGCAGACCCUUUCCCGACCAUCACCACCGCCUCUUCCCGCGCCAUGCGUUAUCGCUACUCUGAUUCGUCAUCCAAUCAGUCAUCUGCCGACGACUCUUCCUUUGAUGAGACGCCUCCUUGGUGGACAUUUACCCAGAGGGGAAUGGCGAGGAUCAAACACAGGACGCUGAAACACAAGCAGGGGCAGAGCGGGAAGGAAAGUGAUAGGGAAGAUGAGGGAGGUCUGACAGAAGGAGUGACAGAGGCAGAGUCGGGGAGAGAGGAGGGGAGACCCAAGAAGAGAACGAGCUAUUUCAGCGCCUCGAGGAAGAGUUCCAAGGAUACACCCGGUCCCUCUGGACGGCGGACGGCUUCACCGUCACGUAUCCUGGGGUAUAAUCGAAAUUCGGCGUACAGGGCUGACUCUGUAAACAAUACCACGCCUUCCUUGAAACUGUCGAAUGCGUUCAAGAAAGGGUCAACCACGAGGCUCCAGCCCGUGGCGACACAUUUACGUCCGAUCAAGUCGAAUCACGGAAAUGAGAGUCAGACUUUUGGCAGGCGCAAGCCGCCUCUGAAGCGUAUGGACUCUGCUCCUGCUGCCACUUCUUCCCCGACCUCUCCAGUCUUUCCGUCCUCUCCCAGCCCGGGGCUGGCGACCCUCGUCGACCAGCCUUUGCGGGAUCCCCAAGCGCCGAUCGUCCUUGGAGGGGAAGUGUCAGGAGCAUCGCCCACUGCUUCGCCUACAAGACGUACAGCGCGGCGGCAGCUCACAGCACCGGCCUUCCCACGCUUCUUUAGAAGCCGAGAUACAGGUACCGGGGACGAGCAGUCGGAAGAGACAGACCACGAACUAUCCCCUCUAGCCAGACCCCGUCCUCGCUCAACCCUCACAUCUACUUCCAUCCCCGACCCUGCUCAGACCAACUUCAACCUCACUCCAGGGCAAGACCCGAACGACCCUUCCAACUCUCCCGGUGCUCUCAAAUACAAACGCAAAGGUUCCAAUCGUCUGCGUAUCAAUCUACCCCCACCGCUCACACAGCACUUUGCAAACAAUUUUCAGAAUGGGUGGCCGCAUGCGGGUAGUUGGCAGGAUGCGUUGUAUGGGUACUAUGAGGAGCCGCAAAAGAUGCGACAAGGGUCGACGCCAGCUGGGGGUUUCGCGUUCGGUGUGACUGAGGAAGGUGCCGCUGGUGCUGGGACUGCUUCUGAAGGAGAAGGGGGCAGCAGAAAGAAGAAGAAGAAGAAGGAGCGGAGAAUGAGCUCUAAAGCUCCUGGGAUCCAGUCAAUACCUCCCAGUCCGCACGAGGGUGAUAUAGAGUCAUCCGCCGAACAACAACCGCCCGUGACCGCCGGGGGAAGCAAGAGGACCAAGGCAAAGAAGCAAAAGCGAUUUGAGGCCAUGGUACCGCCCACGCCUAGUGGUCUGGGCUUCACGCCGAGGCAUAGCGGAGAGGGCUUGGGAGAGUAUCCUUGGAAUGGGAUGAAUGGCGAGAAUGAUAGAAUGAAUGGAUCCGGGGAGAAGGCCGGGAACGAGGCAAAUGAAGAGACGCUGCGUGCGGACCAACCUCGCGGUAAUACCCUUGCGCUCUUACAUCCCGAUCCGGCUCAUCUGCGUAACAAUGCCAAUCUCGCUCGUCACACCUCCCGAGCAACAAUCACUGACACUACCGUGGAUGGACACGACUCCAACUCUUCCGCGUUUGGCUAUUCUCGUGGUGGCAGAAAUGGAUUCCGAUUGUUUGGAAAGAGACAGAGGCCGAAUGAGAAACGGAUGGAUCUGAAUCUUAGUUGGAAGAAGAGGUGGAAGAGAGUAUUGUUUCUGGACGCAAGGGUCACUAUCUGGGUGAGGUUGAUCAAUCUGAUCGUGGUUGUGAUCGCUCUAGGACUAUCAAUCCAGAUUCGUCUCAACCUCAUCUCCCUCAGCCUUCCCGGCGUCCUCGGCUCCUCUACAACCCUUAUCAUUUCCUACGCCACUACCACCAUCUUCCACGGCCUCAUGGCCAUCUACCGAGAGUACUUUGGCAAGCCCAUCGGUCUUUGGGGGCUUAGCUCCAAGAUGCUGUGGGUCUGCCUCGACUUGCUUUUCGUCGCCCUCUGGUCCUCUGCAUUGAGUCUGUCAAUCAACGACUUGAUCGCGACACCAUUAGAAUGUUCUGCUGGUGCGGCCUGGUGGAGGAAUGGGCUAGCGUCAGAUUAUGCCUCGUUGAUUGCCGAAUUAGAAGAGUCCGCCGAGGCGGUCGCCAAUGCUACCCUCGGCGACAACUCUUCUUCGGCAACAACUGCCAUUUCCGACAAUCUUCUCGGCGUCACUUCUCCCGACCUCAUCUCCACCUCCCUCGGUAUCACUCUGCCCACAUCCAUCACAGCCUCGCACCUCGCGAGACAGGUGUGUCGUCAUCAGGCAGCGUGCAUUGCGUUGAGCGUGUUGGCGUUGUUGCUCUACGGCGGUAAUAUGGUGCUCAGUUUGUUUAGAAUCUUUGAGACGGUGAGGAGAACUGGGAACGCUAGUAGAGCAGUCAUUGUUUGA